CGCUGUGUUUUCACCUCCGGUGAUCAUCCCCAUCGUAUCCUUUACCUUGAAACAAGGAAUUUACAAUGAGGAGUGAACUAGAUGAUGCUCCAGUUUCUGCUCCUAAAUUGAAAUUUGCGCCGAAAGUAGUUCCUCGGAAGCAAACAAGAAAAGCGGCAGCCAAAGUAGAGACGGUUGAGACGAAGAGUGAUCUUAUUAAUAAGGAACUUCUCGCAAAGCUCAACAAGGCUAAAACUGAAAGCAGUUUUGCGAGGAGGCCGAAGGUGGAGAAAAAAUCUGCCCCGGCUCAAGUUGCUUUUGGAGAUGGGAGCUCAUCAUUAAUCAGGUCCUUUGGCUAUCAUAGAAGUGCAGUCUCAGAAAGUGGUCCUGAUGUGUCCAUCACUCCAAUAAAAGAGUAUAUUGAGCCAUGGGACUAUGGACAUACUUAUUAUCCUGUCACUCUUCCCUUCAGGAGGCCAUAUUCGGGAGACCCAGAAAUUCUUGAUAGCGAGGAAUUUGGGGAGGAUUCGACGAAUACAGAUAAUGUGCCUCCUGUUCCCCCUGCUGAGGAGCUUGGUUUGACGGAACCAAGCACAGGGCCACAAAUGUUCCUUUUCCAGUUCCCAGCAGUUCUUCCAUUUGCCAGACCUCCCACUGCAGCUACGAAUAGUGAAGGCAGCAAUACUAAACCAAACAAUGCAUCUAACAAAAGCGACAACUCCAAGGAAGGCUGCACUGUGAAAGACCUCCAAUCUGGUCACAUAGGAAAAAUGAUGGUAUACAGUAACGGCAAAGUUAAGAUGAAGAUCGGAGAUACACUCUUUGAUGUGUCAUCUGGAGAGAAUUUUGUUUUUGCUCAAGAUGCUGCAGUGAUCAAUGUUGAGGGAAAACACUGCUGUUUUAUGGGAGAGGUUCCCAAGCGAGUGGUGGUAACCCCAGAUAUCGAUCACCUCUUAGAGGCUUUAGAGGAUUUCUGAUCAGAUUAGUGGGCUUCAAUUUUUUUGCAUUUAACAUUUUUCAGUAGCUUGUGCUAAUCUUUCUCAUUAUAACAAUAAAGUCCUUGAAAAUUUUGAUAUUUUUUGACUUAUUUGCCAUGAUUCCGAUGGUA